AGGACGUAACACUCACAAAAGAGGACACUAGAUCCGCCCCUGUGAUAGGCUGGACAGACGCACGUUACGAGAGGGUAAAGCCGAACGGUCCGGAAACGGUGGAUUUAUGGAAUACAGUGUACUUCUGUACGUUCCAAACCUCAUAGCUCUAUUUCAGCACUGACGAAAUAGAGGAAAAUUUAUUCCACAGUGGUUUAUUUCGACAAUGUACGUCUGAUGAUGGGAUAAAAUGGAUUUAUGAACAAAAAAGAAAAUAAGGACAUAUACAACGUCCAUGAAGAAAGUGGUUUAAAAGGUUAUGUACGCCUUGCUCUGCUGGCAGUUGCAGCAGCUGUCUAUCAUCAGCCAUGGCUAUUCAUCACUCUCUACUGCCUCUACACGGCUCUUGAUGCUCUAGAUGGAUUUCUUGCACGAGCCUUCAAGCAAACAUCGGCCUUUGGUGCAUGGUUUGAUGUUGUAAUUGACCUGACUGGGCGUGGCAUGUUAUGGACAUCCCUCAGUAAGUGGGGCUAUUUUAUCAUGGUGAUAGAAUGGCUAACCUUUGUGUGCACACACUGUCGCGGACCAAAGUGGAAAAUCCCGGAUGAAAACUUUCCUUUGAUAUGUCGAUUGGUCAUGGAAAAUGGCUUUAAGAAUCCUAUGGGAGCAUUUGCAAUCAGUGGAAUAUUUAUGCUGCCAGUCUGGGUGUAUGUUUUACAGUCAGGACUUGCAUUGACACUCGGUCUGUCAGAUGUUGUACAACAAGGCGUACUGCUUUUGCUGGUGGUUGGCAGGAUAUUGGCUUUCUUUUCAGAGUUAUUCUACAUUCAUCAGCAUAUAAAGGGUUUGAUAAAUGAAGAGACAGCAUCCACGUUAAGAGUUAAGCCAGGAGCCUGAUUGAGGACAUCAAAUCAUAUUGGCAAACCAUAACAUUGGGGAGAAACACAUGACAACAUCAAAUCAUAUUGGCAAACCAUAACCUUGGGGAGAAACACAUGACAACAUCAAAUCAUAUUGGCAAACCAUAACCUUGGGGAGAAACACAUGACAACAUCAAAUCAUAUAAGCAAACCAUAACCUUGGGGAGAAACACAUGGCAACAUCAAAUCAUAUUGGCAAACCAUAACCUUGGAGAGAAACACAUGACAACAUCAAAUCAUAUUGGCAAACCAUAACCUAGAAGAGAUACACAUGACAAAAUAAAAACGUAUUGGCAAACCAUAACCAAGGAGACAGACACAUGACAUCAAAUCAUAUUGGCAUACCAUAACCUAGAAGAGAUACACAUGACAAAAUAAAAACAUAUUGGCAAACCAUACCCAAGGAGAGAUACACAUGACAAAGUCAAACAUUUUUUUAAUAUCUGCAACACAACUUACCAAAUGGGAGAGUAACAACAAGCCAGGAUUCAUUCAAAAUAAGAUAUGUUUGUCUUUUAGACUAUGCUCAAGUUAAUUCAUAAAAGUUGAUCUCAGAAAAUGCCUCUGCAAUUAAUACCAGUAAUUUUGAUAAUGGCCACACCUGAUUGUAUGUGCGUCUUAAUUAUUUGUUAACAUUUUUUCAUAUCUGGAUACCCAUCAAUUAAUCAUUCUGUUUCACUGAAGUAUUAGUUGAAUGGAGAGGAGCAAAAAAGAAAGACCAUUUGUAGCCGCAGAUGAGCUUUAUGUAUGUAACAUAAAAAGUCAUUGACACGUUAAAAAACAACAUGAAUUAAAUUAGUCUGUGAUAGCUUAAGUUGUAUUUCAAUCAGUUGUUUGUAACAUGUCUUUUAUGUAAAUGCUUUUUGUUAAUAGAAUCAUGAACAUCAUUCCUUUAUGAUUUUGCUAUCAUGGUCAAGAAAAUGUUAAAGUUUUUAUUGUAACACAUUUUUGUGAUUUUGUAGGUAGCUUGGUUUUACAGAUUAACACAAGAUAAAAAUUGCCUCAUUUAUGAUCACAUCACUUGAUAUUAAUAUUAAAGGGGAUGACUUGCUAAUAUAUAACCACGAGUAACCAGGUGGGUACUUUUACUAACAUACAUUUAGAAGUAUGAUAAUGAAACUUGAUAUACACAUGAGGUUAAUGCUCACCUUCAGUUGCUCAUCUUUGAGAUAAAAACUUGGAAUGUGAUGUUUGUGUAAUACAAAUGUUAUUUUGAUAUUUAUUUAGGGUUAUUUGUUCUGUAUGAAGUAGAUUUAAUUUGGUCUGAGACGUUAUAAGAACAAGUAAAUGAUUGGUCCAGGGCAAGUUCAAACCUAGGGGCAUGAUUUUACCAAACUUGACCCUUUCCCCCAUAAGAAUCAAAGUGAAAAUGGCUUUUGCAACCAGCAUAAAACCAGAACAGCCUGCAAAUAACUCACAGUCUGUUCAGGUUUUAUGCUUUUUACUGCUAAUCAGUAACUAAGGGUUGGAAAUGAAGCCUUUAAAACUUGAAUUUAGAAAGAAUUUGUUAAAAUGUUACUUUCUAAGGCACUACAAAUGUGUCAAAUUACGUAUCCUAGUUGUACAGGGUUAAGGACCAACAUAUGAUGUUACGUACGAAAUAUUAAACCUUUGCAUGCUGGGAAAUUUUUCGUCUGCUAAACUGUCGUCUGCUGAAUUUAUAAAAUUAGCAUUUUCUUAGAUUUUUUUCAAAGAAUACUAUCAGAAUAUCAAACAGUUUGGAUCCUGAUGAGACGCCACGUUCUGUGGCGUCUCAUCUGGAUCCAAACUGUUUGCAAAGGCCUUAAAAAUUCGGUUCCCGCAUUGUAAGGGUUAAACCCAUGACCUUAGCGAUCUUGGAGAUGUUUUUUAUUAUUAUUUACUAUUAAAGUACAUGAUUUAUCAAACUUUGAGAACCACCAAGCGAUGUUACAUGCCAAAUACCAAACAUCUUGGCCUGCAGUUUCAGAGUAGAUUUUCAAGUUUUCACUAUCCUUUUUUAUACUUUUGUGUCGAGUUAUUGUUAUUGCCUCAUUAUCGCUUUGUGCAAUGAGUAUGUAUGUUUUGAUUAUUGAAACUUGUAUUAUUAACUAUUCCUCUUUAAUAUUUUGUAUAUUUAAUCUUUAUUAACUACUUUUAUUAUGCCCCCCUUCGAAGAAGAGGGGGUAUAUUGCUUUGCUCAUGUCGGUCGGUCUGUCGGUCCGUCCACCAGGUGGUUGUCAGACGAUAACUCAAGAAUGCUUACGCCUAGGAUCAUGAAACUUCAUAGGUACAUUGAUCAUGACUCGCAGAUGACCCCUAUUGAUUUUGAGGUCACUAGGUCAAAGGUCAAGGUCACGGUGACCCGAAAUAGUAAAAUGGUUUUUGAAUGAUUACUCAAGAACGCUUGGGCCUAGGAUCAUGAAACUUCAUGGGUAGAUUGAUCAUGACUUGCAGAUGACCCCUAAUGAUUUUGAGGUCACUAGGUCAAAGGUCAAGGUCACAGUGACCCGAAAUAGUAAAAUGGUUUCCGGAUGAUAACUCAAGAAUGCAUAUGCCUAGGAUCAUGAAACUUCAUGGGUAGAUUGAUCAUGACUCGCAGAUGACCCCUAUUGAUUUUUAGGUCACAAGGUCAAAGGUCAAGGUCACAGUGACCCGAAAUAGUAAAAUGAUUUUCUGAUGAUUACUCAAGAAUGCUUUUGCCUAGGAUGAUGACACUUCAUAGGUACAUUGAUCGUGACUCACAGAUGACCCCUAUUGAUUUUGAGGUCACUAGGUCAAAGGUCAAGGACACAGUGACAAAAAACGUAUUCACACAAUGGCUGCCCAUAUGGGGGGCAUGCAUGUUUUACAAACAGCCCUUGUUUAUUUAUUAAUAUUAUUUAUGUAUAUAUACGUAUUUAAAAUGGUGAUGAUAACUUUCCACAUGCUUUAAUUUAAGUACUUAAUUUUCAUAAUUGUGUGUAUAUAUUAACUAAUGUUGCAUAUACUAAAGCUGUGUUCACAUAGGCUAUUGGCCUUCUAAAAAUGUUUGUAAAUAAAUAAAU